AUGGAGAAAGAUUUAAAGACGUUGCCGCUGGAGAACGCAUCGAUCCUGUCUGAGGGCUCCCUACAGGAUGGACAUCGGUUGUGGAUAGGGAACUUGGAUCCUAAAAUCACAGAGUACCAUCUGUUAAAUCUCCUGCAGAAAUUUGGGAAAGUGAAGCAAUUCGAUUUCCUGUUUCACAAAUCCGGCCCCUUGGAGGGCCAUCCCCGGGGCUACUGCUUUGUAAAUUUUGAGACUAAACUGGAAGCAGAAAAAGCCAUUCAGUGUCUCAACGGGAAGAUGGCCUUAUCAAAGAAGUUGGUGGUCAGAUGGGCCCAUGCACAAAUUAAGCGGUACGAUAAUUACAAAAGUGAUAAGGUUUUACCGAUCAGUUUAGAACCUUCAUCAAGCACUGAGCCAACACAGUCCACCCUCAGUGUCAGUGCUAAAAUCAAAGCCAUCGAGGCCAAGCUGAAAAUGAUGCAAGAAAACCCCGACAACGAGUUGCCUGGUCAGCCGUCAUACUCUUACUUUAAAGCGUCGGAGAAGAAGAGGAGCAUGCCGUAUUCUAGAAUUUCCUGGAAGUCUAAGAGAUGA